ACCCUCCUGGCCCUGGUGUGCGAUGUGGAGGGUGCACUGGGGGCCCAAGACACUGGCCCAGGCUGGACACCCAGGGCCAGACUGUCAACACUGCCCUGCAGUCAUUGCAGGGUGGGGUUGGCAGAAGAGCAAGGAGGCACUCUUGUAGAAAGAGGAACCGGGCAGGCUGAGGAGGAGAAGCGGGCCCCUGGGUCACGAGGCCCCAGCAGGGCCGGAAAGGACUCUCCACCCCCAACAGCAUGGGACAAGGGGUAUUCAAAGCUGGAGGACAGACCCAAGUAACAUAGGGACUGCUUCGUUUCCGCCUCAGUUUCCCCUCUGCAUGCAACUGGGCACCUCACUCCCAAGGGUGUGUGCUGGAGCAGGGAUCCUGUAAUGCCUGGGGGACAGAAGGUGAGGCCUUGAGGGUGACAGGCGGUCCUGCCUGAGCCGGUGGGGGGCGGGGCCCGGAGGCCCGCGCUGGGGGGAUCCCCGCCCGCCGGGUUUCCUCCGGGGUCAGCCUGGCUCCUUAUCAGGCGCGGCCAGGCAGCCAGGCCCUUAUCUGCACUGGCCCAGCAUCCUCCAGCCGCUGCGCCAGGGGUGAGAGGGAGGAAACCGGGCCGCCAGGGGCGGGGAGAGGGUGGGCGGCCUGGAGCUGCUCACUUUCCCUGGAGGGACCUGCCCUGUUGCCGCCACUGCUUCUGCCGCGGUGGCCCUUGGGAGCCAAGGAAGAGGGGCGGCCCGAUGCCACAGCCCGGACGGGGCGGCCGACUAACUACCAGGGCCACGGAGCACAGAGGCUGGAGCAGGGUGCUGGUGUCUCGCCUGAACCUGGAACCGCAUCCUAGCCCUGAAGGACAGAGUCAGGGCCAUCUGCAGGCAGCUGCAGCAGCGCUGGGGUGAGCACCCCCUCGGGGUCCAUGUGCCCGCCCGAGGCCCAGGCGGAGGUGGGCCCCACCAUGACUGAGAAGGCCAAGAUGGUGUGUGCUCCCAGCCCGGUGCCUGCCCUGCCCCCAAAGCCUGCCUCGCCUGGGCCCCCAAAGGUGGAGGAGGUGGGCCAUGGAGGCUCCGCCUCGCCACCCAGGCUGCCCCCUGGCGUACCAGUGAUCAGCCUGGGCCACACCAGGCCCCCAGGGGCAGCUGUGGCCACCACAGAACUCAGCACCCUCCGUCCCCCACUGCUGCAACUCUCUACCCUGGGAACCGCCCCACCCCCCCUGGCCCUGCAUUACCACCCUCACCCGUUCCUCAACAGCCUCUACAUUGGGCCAGCAGGACCUUUCAGCAUCUUCCCUAGCAGCCGGCUAAAGCGGAGACCAAGCCACUGUGAGCUGGAGCUGGCUGAGGGGCAUCAGCCCCAGAAGGUGGCCCGGCGCGUGUUCACCAACAGUCGGGAGCGCUGGCGGCAGCAGAACGUGAACGGCGCUUUCGCUGAGCUCAGGAAGCUGCUGCCAACGCACCCGCCCGACCGGAAGCUGAGCAAGAACGAGGUGCUCCGCCUGGCCAUGAAAUACAUUGGCUUCCUGGUGCGGCUGCUGCGCGACCAGGCGGCGGCUCUGGCCGCAGGCUCCGCCCCUCCCGGGCCCCGCAAGCGGCCGGCGCACCGAGGCCUGGACGAUGGCGGCGCCCGUCGCGGGUCGUGUCGCAGGGCCGAGGUAGUGGUGCACCCCCAGCCCGCGCCUUCCGGCGGCCCCGACAACAGCCGCGGCGGGACGGGCCGACCCAUCAAGACAGAACAAGCGGCUGUGAGCCCAGAGGUGCGAUGACCUCCACGGUGUUGCCUCUGAGCUGAAGGGCACUGGAAAGUCAGCCCAGGGCCAUCUAGGAAGGGGCGGACGACGCGCUCGCAGGGCCUGAUCUGCACCGAACUCCCCCGAAGAAGGACCAGUGAGGAGUCCCCUACAGGGGAAAGGGCCCCGCGGUCCCCCAGGGCGACCGUCGCCCCCAGGGGCUUGAAGACCCUUUUAUCGCCCACGGCUCGCUGGAAGUGGCCUUGUCCGCGUACCCCUUACGUGGGGUGAGGUCCGGGAACCAACACUUGAGAGCGGCCAUUGGACCCAAAGGGGGCCUAAUUUUUCCGAGCUGGGGUCACCGAGGGAGUUAAGCAGGGGCCUGAGAACACGCUCCUUUCUCACUGGCGCCCUCUCCCGGAGACUGAGAGAUCCGCACUCCUCGACGGUGGCGGUGGCCAGCCUGGCUCGAGGCUGUGAGGCGGGGAAUCCACGCGGCCACCCCAUCCCACCGAUCCCGAACCUGUCCCGCACGACUGCGUUAGCGAAGGCUCGGGCGCUCUUGCUUUUGUUUUUCUUUAUUUCUUUAUUUCACAUACACAUUAGCCAUUCAAUGGAGAAGCCGGAGAGAGUCAGGCAAAGAUGGUAUAACAGAAGCGCAGUGACGGGGGCGGGGUGGGGUGGGGCGGGGCGGGGCGGAGAGGGAACGUACGGGCUGGCUGCCUACUUGCAUUCCGCUAGGACACUGAAAACCCAGAAAACAAAACAGACAGUAAACUACCCUUGUUUCUUAUGUAUCUCAGUGCAGAGACGGGGGUGGAGGGCAGAGAGAGGAGGAGACCAGGCUGAAGGAAGAGGAGCGGAGGGACGGGGACGCUAAGGGGGAAGCACACCAAAUCCAUUAGUACUAUAUAUAGAGAUACUCGUAUAUACUGCGUUUCUUAGCCUAAGAAGAAACUUGUUUGACGGGACGGGCGGCCUUUGCGGUCCGCGAUGCUGGUGCUGGUCGGGCGCACGGAUCUCCCGGGCCGAAGCGGGACUGGCCCAGGCUGGCUGGCGGGGGGACGGGGGGGGGGGCGCCCCAAGGGUGGGUGGGGGGAGCAGAGGCGGGGCUGGGGUGCCCCUUGGGCUCUCGAUUGGGGGACGAAAAUUCUCGUGACUUUAUUGCUCCUUUAUUUUCUCUCGUGUGUGGGGGAGGGUCCGUUCAGCACGGUCGGGGUGGGGAGGUGGUGGGUCGUCUGAGCCACCCGGCCCCUCUGGGACCCAGAGCGCGGCGUCCGCUCCGCCAGCACGGGGGUGAGAACAAGGCACUAGGUCGGCCGGCCAGCGCGGGGGCGGGUGUGUAAGGCAGUCGACGGGGGUUGGUUGCAGGGUGGGUAGGAUGGGGCUGUGUGCGGGGCCGUGUGCGUGCGUGCGUGCGUGCGCGGGCCUGGGCGAAUCGACCUGUCAGCUUGGCUGGUCCUAUCCUGGAGCGUCGAGCCUUCCCCGUGCUCCCCGGAGGGUGACGGUGGUGGGGGGCGGGGGUGGGAGAAGUGAUGUCGAGUCGCGGGCGCCGGGGAAGGGGGAGGGUGGGGUGGGGAAGAAACUACCAACUUGCCGAGCGCGCUCCUGAUAAUGCUGGUGAGGGUCAAGUUGGCGUCUGGCUCAAAGAAGGACGCUUUGGGGACCUCUGAGGGAGGGAGGGGACCUUUGUUCGUUGGCAUUGACCUCUGCGGGGGAGGGGCUGGGGACCCGCCGCCGCGCCCCCGGGCCCGGACCGUGGAUCGGGCGAGGAGGGGGCGCUGGGCCCCAGGGAAGGGACGCCCGGGGAGACCCGCGGCCAGAGCAGCCCGCCGCCGGGCGCACGCCGCUGUCCCGUUCCGUUAAACUCAACAAAGAAGGGAUAUGCGUGUUCCUAACAAGUGCAGGAUAUUUAAUUGAUUCAUAAACUUAUGUAUAAUAGUUUGUGGGUUUUUUAAAACGUACUUUAUAAUGUAAGAAGCACCAGGGUUUUUAUGUUGAAUUAUCUUUAAAAUAAUUUUCUCUCGUCCUUUUCCUUUUUGAUCUUGUGUUUUUAAUGUCGAGGUUUUUUUUAAUUUUAAUUCUAAAAUGUGAACGUUUCCUUCAGCCCUCCCACCGAAACCGAGAACGAACGACGAAGCAAAUAAAAACCCCAGAUCAUCCUCGUCAACGCAGGAAAACGACUUAAAAAAAAAAAAAA